AUGCAUUUUAACAGUGAUUUUGAGAGCGUGAGGAUUCUGUCUGUUACUUUGUGUGCAGAUUCUAAAAUCACGCUGUGUGCCCAAAACAAAUAUUUUGAGAUUGCCUACUCGGCCGGACUCUUUGACCUGACGCUAUCGGUAGGAACAACUUUAUAUUUUACAAAGAAUAUGAAGAUAAAGACAGAACCUGUCGAAGGAUCACAAAAUCUUUCGAGUCUCUCCAUCCAAAAUAUGGAACUGAACGAACAAGUGAUGUUCCAGGACCAUUUUGAGCACGUCAAACUGAGGAAUGUCACCAUGAAAGACAGCUCAUGUAUCGUGUUAAACAAGAUGUGUAAAAGGCUUGUAAUUGAAAAUUUUAGCGGUAGCAUUGAUGUCAAAAACUUAGCGUGUCUUGAGGAAGUAGAAAUACGCUUUUCAAUGGAAGAAACCGCUGAUAUUAACAUCAUUGGUUCGGUUCGUGUGGAUAAUUUGUGCUUUAAAAACGUGUGUCGAAGUGUUAACAUGGUCCAAUCCAUGCUUUCUAGUUUUAUCUACAUUAGAAAUCUAAAAUUUGAGAGCGAGUUUAUUUAUAACUCAGGGCUAACUGCUGAAGCAUACGUUAACAUCAUGAAAUUGAUUCCUGGAUAUGAAAACGCUUCUAAAAAAUAUGCAAGCUUCCUAUCAAGCGAAUAUCCGCAAAGGUGCAGUAGGCAGGAGAUUUUGUUCUACGAAACUGCGAAUGCAGCGGUGAAUUACAUCCUUGGGCAUAUUUUAAAUACCUUGAAGGCAGCAACAAUUCAAAAGAUUGAAUUAGCAUCCGUUGCACUCUCCGCGACUAACUAUGGCAGUCUUAAAGCGUUAAAUAACCUGCAGAUUCUUGAUAUUGGCACUAAAAAGUUCUCUGGUGCACUCUUCAAUUGCUUGCCGCCAAAUCUUAGGUUAUUGAACAUUUCUGAGCCUAGCAAACACAUCAUGAACGAGAAUACCAGCUAUAAUAUUGCUGAUCUGAGACGAAUGACCAGGUGUUGCAAUCUUAAGGUCCUAAUAAUCAAUGCAGACCUUGUUUUUGAAACCUGCACACUCAGUUUCUUACCAUCAUCCGUUAAAGUUCUUAAAAUAUAUUUUGAGUCUAUGCCUGAGGAAAUACCACAAAUACGAGACCAGAUAGCGCAUAUACGUGAACUUUACAUUGAAGGCAAUGGCAACCUGUUUGAAGACCGGUAUUGCACCGUGAUGCACAAAACCAAAGCCGCGCCUUUCGUCAAAAUGUUAUCAAAAUGCAUUAAAUUCAAGUCACUUGAACAUUUCGCCUUUAUUUCUUCCUAUGUGCUGGUAGAAAUUGAUCCCAACACGCUGGAAUUUACCAAAGCAAGGCAUGGUAAAUCCUUCGAGCGUGUUGGACCUAUUUAUGACGAGGUAGAUGCUUGCUUUCGAGUGUGA